GCCAGCCUCUGCUGCUAAACAUCCUCGUCGCAGCCGGCCGAGGAUAUCCUGGCGGGCGCUCACGCGUGUCAGUGGGUCUUCUGCGCCGGCUUCUUUUGCUCAGUGCUCGCGCUUUGGGCUCAAUUGGCUGUGCUGUGUGAUGCGCCAGGACGGUUUUUAUAUCCACUCGUCUGGAGCUUCGAGCAUUCUCAUCCACAGAAAUUCAACGUCAGUCCCUCACUACAUCCGUCUACCUUUUUCUCAUUCGCACCUUUGACACCGGUCCGUCGAGCAGACUGUGUUUUUGACUUGCUUCCUCCACGGCAACGUCGUCUCUCCAGUCUACCCCUCCGCCCGCCACAUCACAUCCCGCUCCCUCUCUAGAAUUUUCAAAAAUCCUCAGGCAAGCCAACAAGCUGGCCAACUACGCGACUCCACCAGUCUCGCCCUUGGCGUAUCGGGCCCUCGAUCCGCCCUUCAACCUCCAGCUCAAAGGCCGGUCGACUGGGAUGGAAAACAAUGACCGUCGACAACGGACCAAUCCCUCAGGUUACGCAACUCAGCAAGGGCUUCUCCAGACGUCAGCCCAGUAUCCCGUGGUAAGCGCAUCCGACCGCUUCAGACAGACGCCCUUGGCUGCGCAGGCGCCGACGACCGCCCCGCCGUCUGGGAGUCGCGCGACGCAGAGUUACGGUUAUGCUUACGCCGAAGGUUCGCAGUUUGUGGGCUCCUCGAUCCAGCCCUCGGGGGUGCCGUACGGUACGCAGGAGUAUACACCGGAGCAGCAGCGGGCGUCACAGCAGCAGUACUCGCAGUAUGGCGGCAACGUCAUGUACAAUGUGCCGGGCCAGCAGGCGUCUGCAACACCGCAAUCGCCGUAUGAGUCUGUACAACAGUACCAGCCCCGGCAGAACACGGCUAUAGAGGUGCUCAGCACCGGAUUCGGGGUCCAGCCUGUUCCACAGCAAUAUUACGGUGUGCCCGGCGAGGGGGGCCCGACGAGCGCGCCUGCCUCUGCGCUGGCGCCGCAGAAUGUCCCUUCCCAGUACCCCUCAAUGGGCUAUACAACACAACAAAGCCCGGUCGGACGAGAGCCACUCGCGCCUUCCUACACUCAGCCCGGCAUGAGCGACCCGACCCAGGCGCCUUCCCAAGGGCCCUACGCCCAGCCCGCGCCCGCCAGCUACGGCGACCAGGGCGGCAACGAGUACGACGACUUCUACAACAACUACCAGACGGAGCUCAAGAAAACCUUUGAGUACACGCGCGACGGCCGCCUGAGUGAGGCCGCCGCGCAGCUGUUCAGGCUGUCCGACUGGCUGCUGCACUGGGCAGAGACCCUCGGCCUAGUACGCGACGAGGAGAACCAGUACACACAGCGCUUGAAGUUGUGGGAGGAGUUCAACAACUGCUGGCUUACUACGCUGCAGCGUCAGAAGGAGGUGAUGCAGGACAUGAUCACUACGGGCCAGCGCCCGCAGCCGCCCCAGUCCUUGAUCGACCCGGACUACCUCGAGAAGAUGGGCACGCAGCUCGUCAAAAACUGCGACAAUAUGGAGAAGCACGGCCUGGUCGACUAUCAGAUGGGUGUGUGGGAAGAAGAAAUCAUCGCCAUGUUGACGGCCUGUUUGGACUUGUGGGAAGAGGCAGGCAUCGGCUCAGCAUCUGCCUCGCAGCGCGCACCAUCCGCCUCAACAUCCCGAAGACGAUAGUACCUGCUUGCCGAACCGGGUCAUGUUGAUCCCCGUGUGGCUUUUGAUGGUGGCGCCUCAUCAACGCCAACCUAAUAGCGCAUGGGUCGCAGCCGAAGGGUUUUCGCAUAAGAUCUCGUGCACGACUACACCCCCACCUAAUUGCUACUUCUCGAAUA